UUUAACAAUUAGUCUUAGAUACAUUCAAUUGUGGUGAACUGUUUAUUUGCGUUUUAUGCAAACAAUUGUCUGACAUGUAAAAUAGUAACAUUUAAAGUUUGGAUGUAAGAGGUGAAAAUAAAGAUUUUAAAAGUUCCAUAUCUCCCAGUUGCCCCUCCACCUUCUACAGGUAAUAAUUACAUCUAGUUAUACAUUUAUAAGUUGGAUUUGACUGAAGAUUUGUGGGUUUUUUUAUCUGAGAUUAUUGUUUUUAUAGUUUUAUUAACUGAUUCAAUUAUGUCCUCCCACUAAAACUGACACUACCUUUACCCUGAAGGAGAUUCUUAAACUGGUGAAUGAACUGUACAAUUCACCGCCUUUAUAAAUAAAGCUUUUUCGUCUACCUGCAGUUUGGGAGGGAAAAAUAGAUGGAGCAAUCCGGUCACAUCAACAUUGCAAUGAUGGAGGACUUUGACUCUAAUGGGAAGUCAAAGGUUGGGCCAGCUUUGGACUGGGCCAAACAGCCUUGUGGGUCCACUGUGAGCUUCCACGACAUCCAUUAUGAAGUACAGCUGAACAGCAGCUUUCUGUGCCACAGGACAGGCCCUAAGGAGAUACUGAUGGACCUGAAUGGCAUUAUGAGACCUGGUCUGAACGCUGUUCUUGGACCAACUGGGAGUGGAAAAUCUUCAUUUUUGGAUAUUCUGGCUGCUAGGAAGGAUCCGGCGGGUCUGUCGGGGAAAGUUCUGAUUGAUGGAGCUCCACAGCCUCCUAACUUUAAGUGCCUCUCUGGAUAUGUGGUACAGGAUGAUGUGGUUAUGGGAACUCUGACUGUGAGGCAGAAUCUUAGUUUUUCUGCAGCGCUCCGGCUCCCCAGCUCCGUGCCUCAGAAGGAGAAGGAGGCUCGAGUCAAUCACCUGCUUAAAGAACUGGGCCUCACCAAAGUGGCUGACUCCAAGGUGGGCACACAGAUGAGCCGAGGAGUCUCAGGGGGAGAAAGGAAAAGAACUAAUAUUGGAAUGGAGUUGAUUAUCGAUCCCGCUGUCCUGUUCCUAGAUGAGCCAACCACAGGCCUGGAUGCUAGCACGGCCAAUUCUGUCCUGCUGCUGUUGAAAAGGAUGGCCAGUGAUGGCAGAACCAUCAUCAUGUCCAUCCACCAGCCUCGCUACUCCAUCUACAGACUCUUUGACUCGCUGACGCUGCUGGUUGGUGGGAGAAUGGUGUACCACGGACCAGCGCCAAACGCUUUGGACUAUUUUACCAACAUUGGCUAUCCAUGUGAGCCCCACAACAAUCCAGCUGACUUCUUUCUUGAUGUUCUAAAUGGAGACUUAACUGGGCCGACCAAAGCCCACACCUCUGCAGGUUUGGACUUGGAGCUCGGUGCCACCAGGCAGAGCAUCGAGGAGCGCCUGGUAGAAGAGUACAGGAACAGCAGCUACUCCGGUGACACACAAGCAGAGCUAAAGCACAUCGUCCAGAAUAAGGAGUGUUUUUCACAAGUCAAGUCUCGCACCAUCACUUACAACACCUCCUUCUUUCACCAGCUUCGAUGGGUCUGUCACAGGACCUUUCAGAACCUCAUGCUGACCCCUCAAACGUCCGUGGCUCAGCUGGGAGUCAACAUUUUCCUGGCUCUUAUUGUUGGAGUCAUUUUCUUUGGAGUUAAAGAUGAUCAAAGUGGGAUCCAGAACAGGAUGGGUGCUCUCUUCUUCAUCACAACUAACCAGUGUUUCAGCACCGUGUCUGCUGCUGAGCUCUUCAUCACUGAGAGGAAACAGUUUGUGCAUGAAUACAUCAGUGGCUACUACAGAGUAUCAGUCUACUUCCUGUCGAAGAUCCUGGCUGACCUGACCAUGCGCACCGUCGCCUCUGUCAUCUUCAGCUUCACUGUCUACUUUCUGAUCGGGCUGAAGUCCACUACAGAAGCCUUUCUAGUCUUCACACUGACAGUGACUCUGGUGGCCUACACGGCCACAGCUAUGACUAUGGCCAUCUCAGCUGAUCAGAGCGUGGUGGCUCUCGCCAACAUUUUCAUGACCAUCACAUUUGUCUUUAUGAUGAUUUUUUCAGGUCUCCUGGUGAACCUGCCCAGUAUCGUGAACUGGCUGGCUUGGCUGAAGUACUUCAGCAUUCCUCGUUAUGGUUUUGCAGCCUUGAAGAUCAAUGAGUUUGUUGGUUUGAAUUUUUGCGAGGAGUCUUUGAUCCAACACACCAACCUGUCAGGAAUAAAGAACAACUGCACUGUGAGCACAGCUGGCCAGAUGUGUACAGGAGAGCAGUACCUGGACUACUUGGGAAUAGAGCACAGCCUCUGGGGAUUGUGGGAGAAUCACAUAGCUUUGACUGUCAUGACGGUCAUAUUCCUCAUUGUGGCCUACCUGAAGCUCCGCUACAUCAAGAAGUUCACCUAGUGUGACUCAAAAUUCCUCCGAUUGUGCAUUUGAAGUUUUCUGUUAUGGCAUUUUGGAUAAUAUGUUUGAUGCGAUUCCAUUGAGUGGAUUGGUCUGAUUCAGGUUGUAGUGGUCCGGCAUUGGGUCGGCGGUUUCAGGACAGCAUUUUGAUCACCAGUUGGACGCUCACUUACCAUGCGAGGUUAAACCUAACUGCAUACUAUCUUGUAUAUCGUUGAUGAUAAUGAGGAAUGUCUGUAGUUUUGAAGCUGAACAAACCUUGCCACUGCUUCCUGGCAUCUUGUCACAUACGUGUACAAAAGAUGAUACAAACAACAGCACUCUGGUGUAUACAUUGCUUGUUGCAAGCAGUUAAGUUUUUCUGUUCCGCAGUAAAUGGAUUGUGCUGUGUGACACCGGCUAAUCUGCAUUAGCCGUGCCACUCCAUUGUCCUAUGGACCUACAACUGAAGUGGACCCAUGAGUGGAAUGGUUCAGU